CAUCGUGCGAUAGUCGGCUUCACAUUCCCAAGGGUUCCGUUGAGUGUGGCGUGGGAGCUUUGGUGGUUUGGAUGCCCAAGCAAAAACUGGCCGCCGUAUCGAUCGCUUGUGCCAAUGGACCUGCCAAACAAAAACACACGAAAGCGAUUGUCAGAUUUUCGCUUCAUCAAACCCAGCGAAAUUACACGGAAAGAGCAGCUACAAUGGUCUACCGUCGUUAAUCUUCUGCGCCGCCACAACAGG